AUGGCUUCAGCAUGCCGUAUCCGUAACAAUGCAAGGAAUCUGUUGAAGCUUGUCGGAGAGUAUGGACCUAGGUGCAAGAGGGAGCUCUGGAGGGUUCAGUACGCUCUUAGUCGGAUCUGUAACAAUGAAAGGAAUCUGUUGACCCUGGAUGAGAAGAACCCUCGUUGGAUCUGUAACAAUGAAAGGAAUUUGUUGACACUGGAUGAGAAGAACCCUCAUUGGAUCUUUGAAGAUGAAGCACUUUUGAUGAGAAUAUUUCAAUAUGGUCUUCUUGAUGAAACUCAGAACAAGCUCGAUUAUGUCUUGGCUCUCACUAUUCAGAAUUUUCUCGAGCGAAGACUUCAGAUACUUGUCUUCAAGUCUGGAAUGGCUAAGUCCAUUCAUCAUGCUAGAGUUCUUAUCUGGCAAAGGCACAUCGGUCUUUUGUCAUCCUUGAAUCACCUAUUUUGCUUCUCCGUAACUAUAAUCAGUGGACCGGUGUUAAUCAUGGUUUUGGAAAAGGAUAAUGCUAUUGCUAAUUGGCAUGCUUUAAUGGGCCAUACCAAUGCAAGCAAGGCCAAGAUUACUCACCCUCACAGCACCAGUAGUAAAACCGUUACUCUUACAGACAGCCCUUUCCUAUAUUCACAGGCUGAGAAUACGUUUCUAGCUGUGGGAUGUAACAGUCUUGCUUUUCUUCAGUCAAACGGGACCACCGUUGGUGGUUGUGUAUCAAUUUGUGACGACAACAAAAACAACAGUAACAAUUUCAAUAUAGAUAGCAACGGUUGUAAUGGAAGGUAUUGUUGUACGACCUCAUUGCCUUCACAUCUUUCAGAGUUUAACGCAACAAUAAGAGGUUUAAGCGAACACAGUAGUCAAGGGUGUGGUUAUGCUUUGAUUGCAAGGAGUUAUUUUAUGGGUGAUUAUGAGACUGAGAAAGAGUUGAAGAAUAAGGAAUAUGCUCCUGCAAUGCUUGAGUGGGAGAUUUUGAAUUAUAUGUUAACUAAUUCCACAUUUCAACUACCUCCAAAUUGUUAUGACUCCAACGUUACUUCUUUAAGUAACAGAAACACUGGUAAGCAAUGUCGAUGCUCGUCCUGGCAGCAAGACGAUGACUUUGACUCUCCCUUCCUUGAUGGAGACUACUAUGGCAAUCCAUACAUUGCUGGAGGCUGUAAAGGUCCAGAGUACUACUUUCAUAAGAAUAAUCAAUGGAAGAAGUGGGUUAUUGUAGGAAUUUCAUCAAGUCUCGGAUCCUUGGGUUUCCUCAUCGGUCUACUGUUUUUGUACAAAGUUUUGAAACGAAGAAUGAUAAAGAAACGCAAGGAAAAAUUCUUCAAAAGAAAUGGUGGUUUGUUGUUGCAAAAAAGAAUGUCUUCGGGAGAAGUCAAUGUUGACAGAACUACUCUCUUCACAUUAAAGAAUUUAAAGAAAGCCACUGACAAUUUCAAUAAGGAUAGAGUUCUUGGAAAGGGAGGGCAAGGCACCGUUUACAAAGGCAUGUUGGUGGAUGGUAAAAUUGUUGCAGUGAAAAAGUUUAAGGUUGAAGGAAAUGUUGAAGAGUUCAUUAAUGAGUUUGUUAUUCUUUCACAAAUCAACAAUAGAAAUAUUGUCAAACUAUUAGGAUGUUGUUUGGAGACAGAAAUUCCGUUGCUUGUUUAUGAAUUCAUUCCCAAUGGUAACCUUUUUGAGUAUCUGCAUGACCAAAAUGAGGACAUUCCAAUGACAUGGGACGUGCGUUUGAGAAUUGCUAGUGAAGUUGCUGGAGCUUUAUUUUAUUUGCACUCGGUUGCAUCUCAACCAAUUUAUCAUAGAGACGUCAAAUCAACAAAUAUACUAUUGGAUGAAAAGUAUAGGGCAAAAUUAGCUGAUUUUGGUGCAUCAAGAAUAAUUUCAAUUGAAGCAACUCACCUUACCACAAUGGUUCAAGGUACUUUUGGAUACUUAGAUCCUGAAUAUUUUCACACUAGUCAAUUUACUGAGAAAAGUGAUGUGUACAGCUUUGGAGUAGUUCUUGCUGAACUUUUAACAGGUAAGAAGCCAAUAUCCUCUACAGAAAAAUCUAAGGAAUCACAAAGUUUAGCUUCCUAUUUUGUUCAGUGUAUGAAGGAGAAUAUGUUGUUUGACGUAAUUGACAAAAGGAUCACAGAAGGAGGGGAGAAAGAACAUAUCAUUGUAGUUGCAAAUCUUGCAUUUAGAUGCUUAGAAAUGAGUGGAAGAAAACGACCAACGAUGAAAGAAGUAACAUUGGAAUUAGAAGGGAUCAUGGGAUUGAAUAAGAAGCUUAAUGCACAGCAAAAUCACGAGGAAAUUGAGCAGUACCAACAUUACGAUGGGUUUUCUACAUCAAAUUCAUUACCAAUUGACAGCAGCCAAACACACUCCACGGACUCGGAGGUUAAGCAUAUUCUUGCAUUAGAAUAG